AUAUCCGCUGCGCAGCAUCGUCAUAUCCGGGUGGCAGACAGGCUGCUGAUUCACAUGCUGAAGUGAAACAUCCUCCUGUUUUUAUAAAUUAUAAACAUGUCACUGAGAUAAACUGUGGAAACUCAGCGACAGUACUUUCCGGCAGGUUACCAUGGUCCCCACAGACUUUAAAGCCCUGAUCCAGAGGUUUUAUCACCUUCAGUCUGAGCGGGUGGAGACAUAUCGGCUCUUUGAAGAAGGACAUGAGGCCUACUUGAGGACAGGUCCCCAUUAUGACUUUGACCACUACAGGCAGCUGGUCCAUGAGAUUACACAGGCCUUCUGCGGCAUCUCUAAGGAAGUCCUGGAGAUCAAGGGGAAGCUGCACCACGAGUUUGACAGGCCGGCUCUUUCUGAGCACAUUGAAAAGCUGCAGAGCAAAGAGAAGCAGAAACUUGAACUGACAGCCAGGCUGCAGCUGGCCAGGCAGCGGGCCCAGGAUCACCCCGAGGACGAAGACUGUCAAGAACAGAUUCAGGAGAUCAAGCAAGAGAUCAUCAAGAACAAAGAGGCUCUGAGUGAGAUCAUGCAGGACUUUAAGUAUGACUCUGAGGAGUGUGAUUGACAGGUGGCUCCCAGGAGGCCUGCAGCCGCCCUCUCACAUCACCAGACGGCCGAGCUGACGGAUCCGCUCGGCUCUGCUGCAACUUCCAUCUUGGACUCCUCCGCUGCACUUAUCGAUCCCCUUCUGGCUCCACCCUGCUAAAUGCUGCUGCAGUCUUUACUAAACCCAGGGGACUUUUUCACAUUCUGGAUCUGUGUGUUUCUGUCUGUAGUCAUGUGUUUGUGUUAAUGCAUGCCUCAGCAAAAAAGGAAAUUGUGUAAAUACUCUUACGGUUGAAUGAUUCCUGUAUUCUCAAUCUUUGUAUACCCGAGAAAUUGUUUUUAAAUAAAAAGAAAAUGGAGA